AUGUUUCAGGCGUUUACGCAGAUGAUAAAAGAUGCACCAACGUUGGUUUUGUCGCCGAAACGUUUACAGUUACUUUUGAAUUAUGUUGAAACAGACGUGGUGGAUGGUCAGAAGCAAGCCACCGCAUUCCCGCUCAUCAAAGCGAUCAUUUCGAGGAAACUUCAAGAUUCGAAGCUCGUCGAUCUAACCAAUUAUUUAUGCGAACUUGCGAUUACAUCCCAAUUGGCGCAUAUAAGAGCACAGUGCAGACAGGUUCUAUUCUUAAUGUUUUAUUUUGAAUAUUAA